AUGGGUCUCCUGAAAAAACACAAGUCUUUGGUGGACAUGCUCCGGUCAGCCUCUGUGGCUACUGAUCACAGCCAGGAAUCGCAGGCUUCAGUUCAAACGGACACACCCGCUCACCACAGUCACCGUUCAUUUUUCAGAAGAAGAAACUCAAGAGUUUCAAUCACGCCGCAGUCGAGUUCCAGCUCUUUGAAAUCGCCCAUAGGAACACCCACGGGCUCUGACGAUGAAUCUGGUGAUUCCUCGACGCUGGGCUUCGACAAGAAGGAUAAGAAACUGAAAGACCGCUCUCGCUCUAAGUCGAAGCCUCGUAGAACCGACAGCCAUCAUUCGCUUAGACGGUUCUUCAAAAUCUUGCAUCCCAAAGACCACCUGGACCAUCCACAUACCCAUGGCCAUCCCCAGAAGACUAAAGCAGAGUUACCCCUGCUUCCGUUGUCAAAUGCAUCGACAGUAGCACAGAAAUACGACAUUGGCCGCUUCAUCGGUUCUGGUGCAAGUGGACUGGUGAAUUUAAUUACUGCUCUUGGUGACUCGAAGAAGGUCUUUGCCCUUAAGAAAUUCCGCUCGAAAUUGAACAACGAGUCCGAGCACGAUUACAUAACUAAAGUGAAGAAUGAGUUUCUAGUGGGUGAAUAUCUCCGUCAUCAGAACUUGAUUCACACAAUUGAGCUCAUAAAAGAAGAGCAGAUGAAUCACAAGGCGCAAUCACCCGAAUUCUACAUCAUCAUGGAGUAUUGCCCACAUGAUUUUUUCAAUUUGGUCAUGUCUGGCUUAAUGCGCAAAGACGAGAUAUUUUGUUACCUCAAACAAAUCAUCAAUGGAACCAAUUAUCUACACCUUUCUGGAAUUGCUCAUCGUGACUUGAAACUCGACAAUUGCGUGGUGGACCAAAAUGGUAUUCUAAAACUUAUAGACUUUGGCUCAGCAUUUCAAUUCCGUAAACCUGUGGACUACGCAGGAGGCACAGGUGGUGACGAUGUCAUGCUUGAUCUGGGCCAUAAGCUUGUCUUCGCUAGAGGUAUUGUCGGCUCAGAUCCCUACUUAGCCCCAGAAGUCUUCCAGCCAGUGUCCCAAAUGGGGUACGAUCCUCGCUUGGCUGACAUGUGGUCUAUUGCAAUCAUAUUUUGCUGCAUGGUCUUGAAACGUUUUCCAUGGAAAAUCCCUAAGGAUCUGGAUCCAUCUUUCAGAGCCUAUUGCGAGUCUCCGAUUCCAGAUCUGUCGGUUGAGGACUUGGAUCAAUUGACGAUGAAAACGAAAGAACUGAGCUCCCUUAAGAAAGGACCAGAAAGACUCUUACACCUACUUCCAAGCACGUCCCGUGAGCUUAUGAGAGGAAUGCUCACUGUGGACACUAGAAAACGUUUCUUGAUGAAGGAAGUUCUUGAAACGGAGUUUUACAAAUCCAUUGACCAUUGUCAUUAUUUCGAAGAGGGUGAGGAUGAUCCUCCAGCAUUAGUGUGGGACUCACAGCUUCACACAAUUGCCGUCUCACAACCUGCUUCUGAGAUCAAUUUGCCUACAGAGGGAUCAAGCACCGCCACCCAUACCGAGUUAGAUGUCCUAAAUGAAACCCCAUCCGAAUCUGUUAAGGAACCAAGCAGCUCAUCCACAAGCGAGCCUGUGUCAAGAAUCAAUUCAACUGUAUCUGGAACCCAAGACGCUCCCCAGUCACCGCACCCAGAGGUCGGGACUCUUAUAAGAGGCAAGUCGCAUCGCCAUCAUUUAGUCACGGAAGAAGAGCUUGAAAAAAUGCAAGCAGAAAAAGCCAAACACAAGCACAGCCGCGAGGGCACUCCUGCUUAA